AUGACUUUUAGAGCAGCUAAUCCGAACACUAAGAUAACCAAAGAAAACCUUUAUGUGCCGAAUAUAACCUCUGAGUAAGCUUUCGUGAAGGGUGUUGAAUAUGCCGUAGAAUUGAUUGUACUAUAUGGACUAAUUGGAGCUCUCGGUUUUUAUGAGAUUCAGAAAUCAGUUAAAGCUUCAAAGAAACUUGAAAAGCAAUUUAAGACAUUUGAUUCAUAUCAUCAAGAAGAGGUAACCAAAACUAAUCAACUUCAAAGCUAGGUUGAUAUAUUGCAAAAAGAAUUAAAUGAGCUUAGAAGUAGUUUAGCUGAUGCUAAAAAGAGUUGA